AAUAUGGGUGGAAAAAACACACGAGCCUCGCUGUGUGGAGUGACGUCGUGAGCCGGGUAUUUGACUCGGAAGCUACAACAGUGAGGCGAAAAAAGCGUGAGGAAAAGAAAAAAAAUGACCGAUAGUGACCUCAAAUUCACGCUCUAGAAACGGUUUCUGACUCCAUCUCUCCGUUAAGACCGCCUGUGAGCCUCCAUAUGUUCACCUCUUAGUGAAAAAUACCGAGAAUUGGGAGGCACCUUGGCCACAACGAAGGAGAAAAGACGGAAUCGUUCACCGCCUCGGUCUUCUCAGCCGUUUCAGACCCGCCUCAGCUCGGCUCCCGCAAUACCGUGUGAAAUUAUGGAAAACGCCAAGUCACCCGACCAAACGGGCACUCCUACACACUACACGAACGGGCUGCUGAACGGGUUUCAUCCGUCAAACGGAGGAGCUGGUGGAGGAGGAGGAGGAGGCAGCGCCAGUGGCACUAACUGUAGUGGUGGCCAUCAUGGUAUUGAAAAUUUCCACCAUCUUCACCGUCCUGAUGUUCACAACAAUGGCUCGCCUGCCAAACGCUGCAGACUCAGGAGACGGAUGGACUCGGGGAAGAAGAACAGACCCCCCUUCCCUUGGUUUGGCAUGGAUAUUGGAGGCACUCUGGUGAAGCUAGUCUAUUUUGAGCCAAAAGACAUCACGGCCGAGGAGGAGCAGGAGGAGGUGGAGAGCCUGAAAAGCAUUCGCCGUUACCUUACUUCCAAUGUAGCCUAUGGCAACACGGGCAUCCGAGAUGUGCACCUGGAGCUAAAGAACCUCACAAUGUGUGGCCGCAAGGGCAACCUGCACUUCAUCCGCUUCCCCACGCAUGACAUGCAUAGCUUCAUUCAGAUGGGCCGUGACAAGAACUUCUCCAGCCUGCACACCACACUCUGUGCCACUGGAGGGGGAGCGUACAAGUUUGAGGAAGACUUCAGGACGGUGGCUAAUCUGGAGCUGCAGAAGUUGGACGAGCUGGACUGUCUGAUUCAGGGUCUGCUGUAUGUUGACUCGGUUGGCUUCAAUGGCCACCCAGAGUGCUACUUUUUCCAAAAUCCCUCUGACCCUGAAAACUGUGUCAAGCAGCCAUGUUGCCUUGACAACCCUUUUCCCAUGUUGCUGGUAAACAUUGGCUCAGGAGUGAGCAUCCUGGCAGUCUACUCUAAAGACGAUUACAAACGUGUCACAGGCACCAGUUUGGGAGGGGGCACUUUUCUUGGCCUGUGCUGCUUGCUGACUGGCUGUGAGACGUUUGAGGAGGCCCUAGAGAUGGCAGCAAAGGGUGACAGCACUAACGUUGACAAGCUGGUAAAGGACAUUUAUGGUGGAGAUUACGAGCGCUUUGGCCUUCAAGGAUCUGCUGUGGCAUCCAGUUUUGGUCAUAUGAUGAGCAAGGACAGACGUGAUAGCAUCAGCAAAGAGGACUUAGCCAGAGCUACUCUUGUCACGAUCACAAACAACAUUGGUUCCAUUGCCCGUAUGUGUGCUGUGAAUGAGAGAAUUGAAAGGGUUGUAUUUGUUGGGAAUUUCCUGCGAAUAAACACAGUGUCGACAAAGCUGCUAGCAUAUGCCAUGGACUUUUGGUCAAAAGGACAACUGAAAGCCCUGUUUUUGGAACAUGAAGGUUAUUUUGGGGCUGUUGGUGCCUUCCUAGAGCUACUGAGGAUGACUGAAGACCUCUGAGGACCUCAAAAAAAACAACAACAACAACAACAAAAAUACUUUCCAGAA